AAAGUGGGGAAAGUGGAGCAAAGUCUCGGACAAACUGAACGCGAAUUUGUGGCCAAUUCUGACCGCAGUUUUGUGCAGCCGUUGCGCAAGUUCUUAGACGAAGACAUGAGAACUAUUACUAAAGAGAGAAAGAUUUUGGAGACCAAACGGUUAGACUUAGACGCGGCUAAGAAUCGGCUCAGAAAAGCUAAGACCAUGGAAUCGCAGAAUAAUGCUAAGAUUAAGCCUGAAAUGAUCGCUAAAGAAAUCGAUCAGGCGGAACAGGAGCUGAGGUUAGCUCAGGAGGACUUUGACCGACAAAUAGAGAUAACGCGAUUGCUAUUGGAAGGGAUCAGUGCCGCACACUCUAAUCACGUCCGGUGUCUCAACGACUUCGUGACGGCGCAGAUCGCUUUCUACGCCCGUUGUAAUCAACACAUGUGUGAUCUGCAACGGGAACUGUCGACCGGUGCCAACAUAUCC